UGAUGUCACAUCCUGUUUGAUUCUCCACUCCCCGAUGCGGGAAACGCGAACUGCUGUUUUUCGUGUUUAUGAGGUGUACUUGCCUUGCAGGAGGGAAGCUGUGAGAAUAACAUGAAGACACCAGUGAGUGUGCUGCGCUUGCCCAGAGGACCUGAGCCUAACAGCCGUGGAUUUGACCCAAACUCCCCUCGUUACAUCGCACUGUGUCCUACAACAAUUCCAGCUUCACAAGGGAACAAAGCGGAUUCAGUAAACCUCGAAGAGGAACAACAGUUGCGUUCAGAGCUUAGAGAAUGUUUUCUACGGAGUCUUAUAGCAAUGACGGACAAGCAAGUUCAGUUCAACCUGUACGAGAAGGUUCAAGUUCAAGCAAAAUUUGGCGCAUCGGACAUAGACGUUCUGAACUUUCAAGUUUCUGAUCUGCAGACGCCUCUUGGUGUGCAGAAGGAGGCCCUGCUCAGAUGUCAGGACAUGAUUUCCUAUUCUUUUCACUUGUGAAUUUGUUAUAAACAUUUAUAGAGACAUUUAUUUCUCUCAUUGCUUAUUGUACAAGAGGUGGCAAAAUCUGAAGUAUUUGAGGAGAUGGGUGAAAAUACUCAACAUGCAGUUCAUGUAUGUGCCACAAGAGGGAGGCAGAGCUAUGGUUUAGUUUUGAGUGAGGUUUUUUUUUUUUCUUUCCUUUUAACCUCCUAAUAGUAACUGGAGCGUUACCACUGAGAUAGUUAUGAAAAAUACAGGGAAAUUCCUGAAGGUGGAAGCCAGACAAAAUUGAUUGGAGAAACUUCCACUUUUAGCAUCAAACCUUUCUCAUGUGCUUCUUCAAAGACAGUUGUCUGUUGUGUUUUGGGCCUUAAGAAUUGUUUUCAAAGAACACCUGUAAGGAUCAACCUUUUGUUUCUGUCGUGACAUUUUGAGAUUAAAGAUUUCAGCACUGAGCAUGA